AUGAAACAAGAAUUAAGACAAAUGGUUGGUGAAAGGUACCGUGAUUUAAUUGAUGCGGCUGAUAGUAUCGUAAACAUGCGUCAUUGUGCCAUAUCAAUUCAACAAGAAUUAAUAAAUAUGCAAGAUUCUUGUGAUGUCGACACUUUAAAAAGAUCUGUUAGAUCCCAGAUUGAUGAGGGUAAAAAAGGAAUUAAAGAUGGAAAAAAGCAUUAUCAUUAUACUGCAGCUGCACAAAUAAAGCUACUCGUGGAUGUACCUGAGCAAAUUUGGCGUUCACUGGAAAAUCACAAAUAUUUAAAUGCUAGCCGUUUAUAUCUUAUUGCCAGAUUAGUUUAUAAAAAUCUUCAAGUUCAAAAUGAUGAUGUUCCUUUUAAUAUUUCGGUAACAUUUCCUGUGGUUCAACGCCAAUGGGAUGCAGUCAGUCAUUUUAAAUCACAAAUUCUUCAAAAAGCAACACAAUAUCUAAAAGCCAUAAAUCAAACUGAACAGAGUUUAGCGGAGACUUUAUGUGCAAUUAUGUUGUUGGACGAUAUAACAAAAAAAGAUGUAUUUCAUAUGUUUCUUGAUAGAAGAACUUUUGUUUUAAUGGAAAUACUUGAAAAUUCGUCUACAAAAAAUUUAAAAGUAUUAGUGCAACAAUUCAAAGAGAUGAUUAAUGUAAUUAAAAACACUGUAUAUUCUAUUGGAAUGGUUUUUAUUCAAAACAAUUACGAUGAUAAAUCAUUAUUUGAAUCUUAUCUUGAACAAUUACAAAAAGGCUUUACAAUUUAUAAUGAAUCCACUACUAUUCAAUCACCAGUUUCUAUGGUUUCGCCUAGAGAUUCUAAAAUGUCUCUUACGAGACUAUAUUCUCCAUCAACCAACAUUCAUCUUUUAUUGCGUUACCUUCCUGAAUCGAUUCAAACUUUUACUCCAUCUUUGCUUCUAACUGGACAAAAAGGUCAAUUCUCACAAGAUGAUAUUAAGAAUAAGAUAAAUAUUUGGUUGGAUCAUAUAAUAGAAAAUUUUCAAUAUAAACUUAUUUUUAUUUUGGAUAAUGUUUCAAGUGCCAAAGAAUUAAACGAAUUACGAAAUCAUAUUUGGGGAUUAUUAAAAGAUGAUGAAAUUACUAAAUUAGAUAAUCAAUCGUCAACUAAAAAAACUCACAGUAGUAGAGCUCAUAGAACAAGUCUAGGGUUUGUGUUAAAUCUCCAAAAAAUAAAUCGUUCUUGGAAUAUUGUAACGUAUCCCUUAACUAGUACAUCAUCUUUAAUAUCAUUUAAAAAAUUACAAAGUUUUAACAAUAGAUUUCAAAAUAUAAUACAAACCUCUUUUUUGGAACUUUCUGAACAACCAGAAAAGUUAUUAAAAGAUAAAUUGCCGUAUUUAGAUAAUUCAGAUAAUGAAGAUUGUCAUUUAGGAAAUUUUAUUUGGACCAAAGUUCCCACAUUACUUAAACAGGAAAUCAACCAAAACACCGCAACAAAAUUCAAAAAUUAUAUAGAACGUUUUGCAUCUGGUCAAACUAGUUAUGUUAAUGAUGCUAAAAUAGCAUUUGACAAAAUAUUAAAAAAUAUCCGAGAGGAUUUAGAGCCAGUUUUCUUACUUUUGAAAAAAAAUCAGCUUGAUUUAUUUUCAGAGGAUUAUAAUGAAAAGAACCUGUUUCAUUCUUUAAGAUUACCAUCACAGCCAUCUACAGAUUUAAUGAAUUGUUUAUUUAAUGUUUGUCAAGAUUUAUAUAAAGUUGGUAGUUCAACUUUACAUGAAGACAUAAUUAAGGAACUUUUUACGAAUUUGUCCAUAAAGAUCUUUCAUCAAUAUAAAUCAUUUAUAGUAAAUUCAGAAAGCUUUUCAAAUCUAUCUGAAAAAGGAGCAAUUCAAUUAUUGUAUGAUGUAAAAUUUUUGAUUAAAGUAUUUGAAGGAUGUUGGGCCCUUGUUCAACAAGAAAGCGAAGAUGAUGAAAAUAUUAAUUAUAAUAAACUAUUUAAAGAAAAAGAAGAAAUUGUUGGCUAUAUCUUAAAAAAUAUCAAACAAAAGAUUGAUCCAAUUGAUUUAGCAAUAUUUGAAUCUUACCUGAAUAAGAAUAUUGAAAGACAUUAUACAAGAAGUUCAAUCAUGCUGGGAUUAUUAUUUCAACUCAAUCCUAAAGUUACAGACAUGCGACGCAAAGGCGUAUCAUUACAAGAUUUUCAUAAUAUUUUACCAAUCGCACCACAAUGUUCAAGAUUUACCUUAUUACCAAUUAGUCAUAAAACAAGUCACAAAAAAUAUAAUCAAUUAUAA